CCGGGGUGGGGGGGGAUACAGUGGUGGUGUGCUUGCCUUUGAGUUCUGUCUCGGCGAUCUUCCCGGGAGCCAUGGAGAGUGAUUUCUAUUUGCGCUACUAUGUGGGUCACAAGGGAAAAUUCGGCCACGAGUUCCUGGAAUUUGAGUUCCGGCCCGAUGGGAAAUUGAGGUAUGCCAACAACAGCAAUUAUAAGAAUGAUGUCAUGAUCAGAAAAGAGGCUUAUGUACAUAAAAGUGUGAUGGAGGAGCUGAAGAGAAUAAUUGACGACAGUGAAAUUACCAAAGAGGAUGAUGCUUUGUGGCCACCUCCUGAUCGAGUAGGCCGGCAAGAGCUUGAAAUUGUCAUUGGAGAUGAACAUAUCUCUUUCACAACAUCAAAAAUUGGUUCCCUUAUUGAUGUCAACCAGUCCAAGGAUCCAGAAGGCUUGCGAGUAUUUUAUUAUCUUGUCCAGGACCUGAAGUGUUUGGUCUUUAGUCUUAUUGGAUUACACUUCAAGAUUAAGCCAAUCUAACUUGAUACUGAUAUGGACAUGAGGGGGGUGGGGAUAACUGUUUUGCAUUACCAUUCAUUACUAGGACAUUUUUGUGUAUAUCAGGGCAGUAUUUUUUAUAAACUGAUUAUCUAAUAAAUGUGACAAAAAUGAA